AUGGAAAGAUUCUAUCAACUCAUCCACCAGAGAGCACCACUGGCGGAAGUUUUGGAUGCUUUAUCGAAAGCCGAGAGCAUUGUACCCGAGGAGCUCACUGUGGAGUUCGAACUUGUGCGGUCUCGAAAUCCGUUUUAUGCAAAGAAACUUGUAAAAGCACUUUCGGAAAAUACACACUUGUUCGAUGAAGAUGCCAACCGGAACUUGAGCGUUGUUCAUCGCCCCACUUUAAACCAGGAACCUAUUGAACUGAACGAAUGGGUCUUCGAGCAGUAUGUAGAAUUCUUGUCUGUUGGUGCUCCAUCGCCGAUGUUCAAAGAUAUUAUUCGCUACACUUUUAGCCGAAACUUGGCCGUUGACGUUCAGGAACAGCCACUGUUGCUGUGUGCUUCGGGAACUACUGGCUUCCGGACCUGGGAAGCCGCAUUGUUUCUGGCGGAGUUCUUAGCGCAGAGUCCACCCGCGCUGGAAGAUAUCAGCCAUAAACACCGGGUUCUCGAGCUGGGUGCAGGAACUGGCCUAGUAAGUAUUGCUUGGGCAAAACUGCAUGGGUCGCAGACUAAAAAGCUGUAUGUAACAGACGGAGAUUCUACGCUAGUCGAGCAAAGUGCCCGCAAUAAUUUCGCGCUCAAUGGUCUUGACACUGCCCAGGACAAAUACAUAUUCCGACGACUGUGGUGGGGGGAAGACGAGAUUCCUGAUGUGGAUCUAAUAUUAGCUGCAGAUGUCACCUACGACACUUCUGUCAUCCCUCAUCUGGUCGAGUGUCUUGUGACGGCUCUUGUUCACCAAAAUUCUGGAAACUUUGCCCUUAUAGCCGCAACAGUGAGAAACGAAGAGACAGUUGCUGCGUUCGAAUCGUGCUGCUCACUACGCGGUCUCGAUUUCUCGAUAAUCGCCGAGAAACCGAUUGAUCCAGCUCCGAUUCGUAUCUACAAGAUUCAACACCACUGA